CACCCCAAAUUUUCCCAUUCCCCAAACACCUAUGCACCCACUUAAAUGCUACUUAUCAUCUUGGGAGCUAGGAAUAAUCACAGCCUUGAGCUUCUCAGCAUAUCUUGGUAAAUAGAGGCCUGCUGGUAACUAUCAGUGAUCCAGUGUUAACGGAUGCCUUCCUAGAAGAGGCAGGCUUAGAAGCAAAGCUCAGAAGCUGAGUCCUGGGGAAGAUGGCCUCCCUGGGAAGCAGAUGCUGAUACUGUUGCAGUCUUAUUUAAUUCCUGCACCCCUAAUGAAGGUUUGGCACUGUGCCCAGCCCAGAUGUGGGAGGAAGGAGCCAGGGAGUAGGGGUGGUAGAUAUACGUUUCUAGGGAGGGAGAAGUAUUGAGAUUCCGGUAGGGCUGAGUAGCUAUGUUCUGAGGCCUUGUGAGUGAUGGGGACCAGCAGGCCUCCAAUUCUUGGGCCCUGCUGAUCUGCAGCACCAGUGGUAGCUGGAGCCUAUGAGAAAGGAUAGUGAGACAGUCACAGAAGAAACGAGCUUUCCAUCAAAAACCAAGUGUCUGCCUGCCGUAGAUCAGAUGCCAAACUGAUCCUGCAGACCUAGAAAUAAUCUGUGCCCUCAGGGCUUGCACAUUCCAGAAGAGAAGACAGAAAUGAGACCAAACUGACAACUGUGUCUACUAGUUCCUGCAGGAUCCUCAACCCAGAGACAGUGAAAGCAAAGACUCAGAAAGGUUUGAGCCCUGGCUCCUGGCAUGCUAAGGGGAGGGAUGCUUGUACAAAGGAACCACAUGAAAGACUGGAAAAGGGGGUGGAAGGCAGAGAAAGUCCCAGGCAGCUACAGAGGCGCCAGUCCCCCUCCAACCCUGGGGGCCUGGCACAGAGAGCUGGAUGGUGAGAUGGGGUGCACCCAAAGGACAUCACGCUGGAGUUGGGGAUCAGGUGGCGGUGGCAUCCACCUUCCCUAUACUCAGUCCCCAAAUUCUCUUCCGCACAGCUGCUCCCUGGUUGCCUAUGGGUGGCCCAGGGAGUGGUUUUCUCAUCCAUCCAUCUGGUCUCCCUCUGUGUCUGUUUUCCUUAACCCCUAGGAUAUGCCUGGGCUUUACUUCCCAAAAUACCCUGGAUAUCCUGUCUGACUUGGAUUGGAAGGAGAUGGUUGGGACCAGCAAGGCCCUAGGUUCACUCUGCUCCUUCUGCCCGCUACCACAAGCAACUGUAAAAAUAGAAAAAAUCCAUUCAUUAUUAAGCGCUGGCCUCUCUCUCUGCUCACCUCCUUCCCUCACCUUAGACCCGACGUGGCACACCCUGGGGAUAACGCUGUCUAAGCUGUGGGAUGGCUGCUGAGUCACAGAGACUUACACUUGGCCGCGGAGCUGGGGAAGACCCUGCUGGAGAGGAACAAGGAACUAGAGGAGUCCCUGCAGCAGAUGUACUCCACCAAUGAGGAGCAAGUACAAGAGAUCGAGUACCUAACCAAGCAGCUGGACAUGCUACGUCACGUGAAUGAGCAGCACGCCAAAGUGUACGAGCAGCUGGACCUGACAGCCCGAGACCUGGAGCUGACCAACCAGAGGCUAGUGCUGGAGAGUAAGGCUGCCCAGCAGAAGAUCCAUGGGCUGACAGAGACUGAGGAGCGGCUGCAGGCCCAGGUGGAGGAGCUACAGGCCCAGGUGGAGCAGCUGAGGGGGCUGAAGCAGCUGUGCAUGCGCCGGGAGAAAAGGGACCGCAGGCGAACCAUCCACACUUUCCCCUGCCUCAAGGAGCUGUGCACCAGCCCACGGUGCGAGGAUGCCUUCCGCCUGCACAGUUCCUCCCUGGAGCUGGGCCCUCGAACCCUGGAGCAGGAGAACGAGCGGCUACAGACCCUGGUGGAGGUCCUGCGCUCUCAGGUGAGUCAGGAGCGGCAGCGCAAGGAGCGGGCAGAGCGCGAGUACACGGCCGUGCUGCAGGAGUACACGGAGCUGGAACGGCAGCUGUGCGAGAUGGAGGGCUGCCGCCUGCGCGUGCAGGAGCUGGAAGCCGAGAUCCUGGAGCUGCAGCAGAUGAAGCAGGCCAAGACCUACCUGCUGGGCCGGGAUGACCACCUGGCCGAGGCGCUGCUGGCACCCCUCACUCAGGUUCCUGAGGCUGACGACCCUCAGCCAGGUAGUGGAGACGACUCUAGCGUACCGGACGGUGUCGCCUCGCCCGCUGCUUCCCCAGGCCAUGCUGUGCGCAAGAGCUGCAGUGACACGGCGCUCAACGCCAUCGUGGCCAAAGACCCCGCCGGUCGGCACGCAGGCAGCCUCACGCUGCACGCCAACAGCGUGCGCAGGCGCGGCAUGUCCAUCCUGCGGGAGGUGGAUGAGCAGUACCACGCGCUGCUGGAGAAAUACGAAGAGCUGCUGAGCAAGUGCCGACAGCAUGGGGCGGGGGUGCGGCACGCGGGUGUGCAGACCUCGCGGCCCAUCUCCCGAGACAGCUCGUGGAGGGACCUGCGAGGGGGCGAGGAAGGCCAGGGUGGGGAGAAGAGCCUGAGCCAGCACGUGGAGGCUGUGGACAAGCGGCUGGAGCAGAGCCAGCCUGAAUACAAGGCGCUCUUCAAGGAGAUCUUUGCCAGAAUCCAAAAGACCAAGGCCGACAUCAAUGCCACAAAAGUUAAGACACUCAGCAGCAAGUGACCCUUUCGUGGCCUGUAUCCUCCCUGGGCUCCAGGCUACAGGGUCCCUGAGGCCUGGACCACACAGCCUGUGGCAAAUGAGAGUCCUUUAGCAGCAAUAUGUCCCAGCAGGUGGCCUCUCCAUCCGUGGGCAAGGAACAAAGCCCCUCAGAUCUGGGGAUGACGUAUGUUUCCAGUGGAUGGAACCAGCCACUCGCUUCCACCUGAAGACAAAGCUCAGUGUCAAAGCCAAAAGUCCCCAUUGCCCUGGGGGUUCCCCGGCACUCUGCUCCUGGCUUCCUGACCCUGGGCCUCACGUUCAGAGGGGACCAGGUUUCGGGAAGCCAUUCUGGAUUAGUUGGUUUUUUGUUGUCGUUUUUUCAAACUCAAGUUUUUCUGCAAGAUUUGCAAUACAAGAUCUUCCUUGACUGCUUGCCACAACUGGAAACACUUGAAAGGGGACCCUAAGAGCCAAUGUUGCAGGCUCCUAAGGUCUCCUGGACCACUCACUGCUUUCCACCAGCCAUGAUGCGCGCUGUCAUUCCCUGAGCCCCAGAAUCCUGAGCAGGUCACAGGUAGCCCUUGGUCUGCAAAACAGGAAGCUUCACCCUGGCCUUGAUUGCCUUGCUCCAAACCUGGGAAGAACCCUCAGCCCACCGUACAUCUGUAGCCAAUCAGAAGAGGAGACGAGGGGGCCCCUUGACAGUUAUACUCAAGGACCCCUGUGUCUCUCAGCCUCCCUGAAUUCCAGCCCCAGAAGUGCUUUCUGGGCAUAAGCUUUCCAGGAGUCAGAAUGGAGGGAACCCCUGUCCCCAUGUCUGCACCUGCCCCCAUCUCAGGGACCAUGACGUCUCAUUCUCCCCACAAUUGCUACAGGCCAGCCCUGAUGCAGAACACAUCUGCAGCCCACAGAAUAUCCUGGGCAUGUGCCAGCAGCAAGAGGUCCCAGUGUCUACCCCUGGUCCUCUUCCCUGGGCACUGCCAAGAUUCUCACCCACACUGAAUAGUGCUAUAACAGGCACUAUUCCUUCCCUCCUGUAACAAGCCUGCUGUUUACCUCCCACCUUGGUGGAGGCUUUUGAGGUCCCAGCUGGGUCAGGUCUUCCAUCCUUUGGUGUAAGGCUUCAAGGGUCAAACUUCAGCUAAGAGGUGCCCUGGUGCCCAGCUUCUCCUCUACAGUCCUUCAGAGAUUUAGUUCCUUCUGCCAUCCUUCCUGAGGCCCUGGGAAUCAGAGGAGCCAUACAAUCCAGUAGAAGGCAGCCAUCCUGGCCUCUGCGCUGGGAGCCCAGAGGAAACCUUCAUGCCUUAUUUCUUUCUAGUGGGUAAAGGGGUUUUCUUAACAAGCAUGCCUGACAUCCCUGGAGGUGCCACCGUGCUCCGGGCUGCACUGUGAUGUGAGCUGGCGGCUGAGUGCUGUGUGUGCAACCUAGAACCUUUCUGUCCUUUGGGGCUGGGCAGCUCCUGGCCCUCCAUAUGUCUGUCAUCUGGGGGAGAUGGGGUCAGCGGGAGUGCUGGCCUCUUUACUCCCCAGCUCUGUAGCAGCCGAUCAGUGUCACCUUUGAAGUAUACAUGAGAGAAAUAUAUUUACAAAUGCUUUAUUCUCUUCUUUAAUAAAAAUGCACCAGUAUUGAAAAAGCAGAA